AUGGGAAUAAAUGGGUUUUGGAGCGGGAUUUUUUAUGACUGGAUUUUUUGGGAAUUUUGGGUGUUUUUCCCAUUUUUGCAGACCCUUUUCCAGAGCCCAGACGAGGGCUGGCAGGUGCUGAGCUCGGCGCAGGCUCCGGACGGGCGCUGCCUGUGCACGGCCGUGAUUCCCGUGCAGGGAUCCUGCGCCCGCGACCUCCGCGGCCUCCAGCUCCGACAGCUCCUGGAAAAGGUGCAGAACAUCUCGCAGUCCAUGGAGGUGCUGGACCUGCGCACCUUCCGGGACCUGCAGUACGUGCGGAACACGGAGGCGAUGAUGAAGGGCCUGGACUCGCGGCUCCGCGUGGCCUCUGAGAGCCACAAAUCCCUCAAUUCCCGCAGCUUCCAGGUGCCAAAUUCCCGCUUUUCCCGC